AUGGUCAGCGGACAUAUCCGAUAUGCAAUCCCAGAGGAGAUGAAGAAAGGCUCCCUAAUCGGUAAUGUCGCUCAGGAUCUUGGUUUGGAUCUGAAAAGGCUCCGUUCAGGGCGGGCCCGUAUCGUGACCGGAGAAAACAUCCAGUACACCGAGCUGAAGACAGACAAAGGGACUCUGGUCGUGAAUGAGAGAAUAGACCGAGAGCAGCUCUGCGGAGACGUCACACCGUGCAGUUUCAGCUUUGAGGUGAUUUUAGAAAACCCUAUGGAGCUACAUCAGAUUACAAUCUUGAUUCAGGACCAGAACGACAACCCCCCUCAGGUCCUGUACCCAGUCCAGACUGGUGGUUCAGUGCUGGCUGAGAUGGUGCCUCGUGCAGCAGAUGUGGGCUACCUGGUGACUAAAGUGGUGGCUGUUGAUGUGGACUCUGGACAGAAUGCCUGGCUCUCCUAUAAACUGCAGAAAGCCACAGACAGGGCGCUGUUUGAAGUGGGCUUACAGAAUGGAGAAAUCAGAACUAUCCGCCAAGUGAAUGAUAAAGAUGCUGUGAAACAAAGACUGACUGUUAUAGUGGAGGACAACGGGCAGCCGUCUCGUUCAGCUGCAGUCAUUGUUAACGUGGCGGUGGCGGACAGCUUCCCUGAAGUGCUGUCUGAGUUCACUGACUUUACACACGACAAGGAGUACAAUGACAACCUGACUUUUUACUUAGUGCUGGCUUUGGCUGUAGUGUCCUUCCUCUUCAUCACGUGUGUGGUGGUUAUUAUAUCAGUGAAAAUCUACAGAUGGAGACAGUCUCGCACCCUGUUUCACUCCAACCUCCCUGUGAUUCCAUAUUAUCCACCACGUUACUCAGACACUUUGGGCACAGGGACUCUCCAGCACGUGUACAAUUACGAGGUGUGCAGGACGACUGACUCCAGAAAGAGUGACUGUAAUUUCGGCGGAGCUGGUAGUCAGAACGUGCUGAUAAUGGACCCCAGUUGUACAGGGACCAUGCAGCGGAUACAGAGUGAGAAGAGCAUCCUGGAUGAACCAGACUCUCCUCUAGAGUGUUGGUGA